CUCUCUCUCUCUGGUUAUCUCUCUCACUCUCUCUCCCACGCUCUCUCUCUCAUGCUCUCUCUCUCGAGCUCGUGUGUGUGUGUUGAGUUUGAACAUGGUAGUGAGAAUAAGGAGCACUGUCACAGAUAUUCAACGUCUUUUUCUUCUGGUACUGUAUAUUCACUUGAUAUCAGCUCUGAGAGAGUCAAAGCUAGUGUAUGGAACACAAGGAGGAUCAGUUACAUUCCAUCUGGAGGAACGUCCAGACCCGACCUUCCAAGAUUUGUACUGGACUUUUUCCAGUAAUCGUUUGGCGGCUUGUGAGCUGGACAAGUGCACCAAUUACAGAGAGAAUGCAAGUGUCUGCAAUACCACGUUUUCACUAGAGCUGAAGAACAUUGCCCAGACUGAUGAUGGAGAAUAUAACGCUGUCAUCAUUGAGAAUGAUAGAAAAGUGAAAAACAUUUCAACUCAUCGGCUAAUAGUUCAAGCUCCAGUCUCUAAGCCUGUGAUCCACACCUCUGCAGUCUCCAGCUCCAAUGGAACAUGCAAUGUCACUCUGAACUGUACUGCAAAGAGGGGGACCAGCGUCUCACUUCAGUGGGAUUGGACUGGAAUUCAUCACACAGCUAUCAAUGGUCACAAUGGGAGUGUGUUGUAUUUUUCCCUGGAUCCCAAUGCAGAAGGGUCCUUCACUUGUAAAGCACACAACCAGGUCAGCAACUCGUCAGAAAAUGUACCAGUGGAGAAAAUUAAAUGCUUCAACAGUUCGGAGAAUACAAACUUGGUAAUAAUCAUUGUGCUGAUCCUUGCUUCAGUACUCCUGGCCAUCGCUGUGGUUAAAAUGACUUUUCAAAAGCACAGAAGAGGUUCGUUUAACCUGCCAAAUAAUCAGAGGACUUCCUUGCUGUGCAGAGAUAAACCAGCCCUUGCAGCAACAGAUAUUCUAAACUACAACCACGAUGAUGGGACUGCAAGAUGCGAGGAGUUUCCAUUGUCACACAUAGUUACUUAGUAUUUACACAUUAUUACAAUGUUAUUAUGCAGAGCAGUGUGGAGUAGUGGUUAGGGCUCUGGACUCUUGACCGGAGGGUUGUGGGUUCAAUCCCCAGUGGGGGACACUGCUGCUGUACCCUUGAGCAAGGUACUUUACCUAGAUUGC